GGGUUGUGGCCCAUCAUGUUAAUUCGUAGAUAAACGGUUCCAAUCAACUGAUCAUCUUUCCACGUGCGACGAAUGGUGGUGGGGGAAUUGUCAAUCGCGACUCACAAAAAACGACCUCAUUUCCCAUUCUUCCCAACAGACCGAAGUUCGAGUGGAAGAAGCUCCUUUCAAUGGAGAAAUCAGAUACCUCUGUCGCGACUGAGGUCGAUCCUCCUCCUACCUACAGGCUGCUUCUCACGUGCCCCUUCGGUCUCUCCCCGGCGCAUGUGUCCGUAAAUUUCGAUGCAUCUUUCGACAGGAUUCCCCAUCCUGAUACUACCUUGGAAGAAUCCAUAUUGCAGAUUUGGAAUCAGCAAAUUCAAGAAAACUCAUCAUUAUAUAAUGGGAAAAAGUUUAGGUAUGGAGGACAUAUCGUGCAUGAUGUUGGUGGUUCCAAGCAAGAGUCCUCUGUAUGUCUUCACCUUGGUUUGACAGAUUACAGGACAUUCGUGGGCACAAACUUAAAUCCUUGUUGGGAGAAAUUUCUUAUUCCUUCAGAAGCUAUGCUUUUUGUAGAUGACUCUGUUCGGUGCCAACACACAUCUAGUCCCUUGGGCAAUGGUGCAAUUGUAGAGACAACUGAUAAAAGGAUUCUUGUGUUGCAAAGAAGCUAUAAUGUAGGGGAGUUCCCAGGACACUUUGUUUUCCCAGGAGGUCAUUCAGAGCCUGAAGAAGUAGGAAUAUCAGACCAUCAAGUUGACAAAGAUGCAACAGAAUCUGGACAUUUAAACAAAAAGAUUUCUCAGGAGAUGUUCGAUGGUAUCAUUCGUGAAGUAGUUGAAGAAAUUGGGGUUCCUCAACCAACUCUCACAGAGCCAGUCUUUAUUGGCAUAUCCCGCAGGGAGCUGAAUGUUCGACCAACAGCUUUUUUCUAUCUCAAAUGUAAUCUUGAGUCGAAGGAAAUUCAACAACUAUAUUCCACCGCACAAGAUGGCUAUGAGUCCACGCAACUUUAUACUGUUUCAAGGGGUGAACUGAAGAACAUGGCAUCGAGAAUGCCAGGCUGCCAUAGAGGCGGGUUUGCACUGUAUGAGAUGAUGGUGGAAACUGCAAAGGAUAUUUAAUAGUCCUAACUUCAUUUUGUUUUGCUCAGGAUGAUUGUCAUUUGAGCAAACUGCGAAAUGGGCAGCAAGUUUUGGUCAGCAUCGAGAAUGCCAGAUUGAUGGAAACCUCUGAAGCUUGUAACCUCUGACAUUGACGAUUGACAGCAACUCAGGUGCUGAUAACAUUCUGUCAACCAUAGUUCAAAAAACCAGAAAAUUGAUUCAGUGUCCAGCCACCUCGAGUUGACACGAAGACUCCAUGGAGUCUUUACAUGACUAGACUUGAUGUUAAGAACUACAAUAAAUGUAUUAGAGUGGAAAUAAAUGUUUUAGAUAGCUAUCAGAGUAUAUAAAAUUGCAAAAUUAGCUGCCCUCA